AUGGAUCAGGACGCCGGUCCCAGCAACAGUGCGGACGUGAAGCCCGCGACGAAGCAUGAGUCCGGAGACUCCGCUGUUCUCCCCAAGGACAAGCCAGAACCCAAGGACGACUUCACCAUCUAUCAAUCAGCCGAUGAGAUCCAAUACGCGCCCGAACACGUCUUUCGGGAGGGGAACAAGAUGGUCAAGGCCAUUGAUGCGAACCUCAAGAAGGUCAAGCUCGGUAGCAAGUUGCGACAAGAGGUUUGGCGCAAGGAGAUAUCCACGUUGAAGAGUCAGACGUCGCCCACGACUCUCAUUGCUGUAUGUGGUGAAACGGGUGCCGGAAAGUCUUCGCUUUUGAAUGCCAUCCUCGAUGACAACAUCGUUCCUACGAGCGGAAUGCGGGCGUGCACGGCCGUCGUCACCGAGAUUGCGUACCACAACAAGCCAGUCAUCGAGGCUGACGUCUCGUUCCUUACCGAGACCGAGUGGAAGCAGGAGCUCGGUAUUCUCAUCGACGACCUCGUCGAUGAAGAUGGGCACCUUCGUCGCCUAACUGACCUGAAGAGCGACGCUGGUGUCGCGUGGUCCAAGGUCCACGCCGUGUAUCCCAAGUUGACAGCAGAGAACUUGGUCAAGAUGAAGGUGGACGAGAUCGUCGCCUAUGACCAGAACGUUCGCAAGAUGUUGGGAGCCACCAAGACCGUGUCAGCGAAGAACUCCAAGGCCUUCGCUAUCGAGAUCAACAAGUAUAUCGACUCCAAGGACCGGAAGAGCAAGAAGGACAAGAAGAAGAAGGCGGAGGAAGAGUCCCUGAUGGACAAGGUCCGGAAAGCUGCCGGCCAGGAGGCGUCGCGUCAUGCUCCGGGCAAGACGAGCAUGGAGGACAUUGAGUGGUGGCCGCUCAUCCGCACCGUUCGCGUCCGGUGUCAUUCGAAGGCUCUCGCGACGGGCGCUGUCCUCGUCGAUCUUCCUGGUGUCGCGGAUGCAAACGCUGCUCGUAGCUCCAUUGCCCGCGACUACAUGAAGAAGUGCGACUGCAUUUGGGUCCUUGCUCCCAUUCAGCGCGCGGUCGACAAUCAGUCCGCGAAGAACCUCCUCGGCGAUGCCUUUAGGAUGCAGCUUAUGAUGGACGGCAACUACAACAGCCACAUCAUCACUUUCAUAGCCACCAAGUGCGACGACAUCUCCUGCUCCGAAGUCAAGCGGGCUCUGAACCUCCAAGAUGACGACGAGCUGGUUGAAAUCGAGGAGCGGCUUGACCAAUAUGCGGACGAAACCAAGGAGUGGAAGCGCAAGAAGGCCCUUGCGGACGACCUCGUCAAAGGCCUUGAGGGCGAAACGAAGCAUCUGCGUGCUGUCAUCAAAGAACACAAGGAGCACGUCCAGUGCCUGAAGGAGGGCGAGGCGUUCGUUCCCAAGCUCACGGGCAAGAAGGCCGAGCGGGAGGCGGCCGCCAAGCAAAGAGGCAAGAAGCGCAAGAACGGUCGGAGUGGCAAAGGAGGCUCUUCCAAGCGCAUGCGCAGUGAGGGCGUCGACACGGACGGCGACGUCGAAAUGGACAGCGACGGUUCCAUGUCCGACUUCAUCGUCGACGACGACGACGAGUCCGAUGAUGGCUCCGACUCCGACAAGGAUUCCGACGCGUGUUCGGACGAUUCUGACAAGGAUUCGGACGACGAGGACAACAAGUCAGAUGGCGGCACGAACUCGAACGACUCCGACGCUGAGGAUGAUGAGGAAGAGGAGGUCACUGAAGAGCAGCUCGAGGCGAUCAUCAAGGAGAAGACCGCCGAGUUGACUGCCAAACGCGCUGAGCUCUCUACGGCGCGCGCCCAGAAGAAAGAGGCUAUCGAUCGUCUGGCGAAGCUGAAGAAGGCCGUCGAUAAGGCGCAGCGUCAGAAGAAUGCGUACUGCUCCAAGAAGCGCUCUGAGUACUCGCGUGGCACCCUCAAGGAGGAUUUCCGCCUGGGCAUGAAGGACCUCGACGAUGCCGUCGCCGAGGAGAGGGAUCCGGACCAUUUCGAUCCCACCCAGAACAUCCGCGACUACGAUGCCAUUGACCUGCCUGUCUUCACUGCAUCUAGCCGUGACUAUGUCCGCCUCAAGAACAUUGUCAAGGGCGACGGAGAUCCCAGCUGCUUCGACAAUGUGGACGACACGGGUAUCCCGGCUCUUCAGGAAUGGUGCCACAAGCUCACCCUUUCGUCUCGUGAGACCUCUGCGCAACGGUUCCUCGAGCACCUGCGCACCUUCGUCACGUCCAUAGAGUCGUAUGUUCGCGGUGCUACAGAGGUUACGCCUGAGGACCGUGAGGCCCUGCGCGAACUCUGGGAGUCGGAGAAAGACUUUGGGGACAUUGCGUACGACAGUGACGAGGAUCGGGGCAGCUCCGCCUCGCCUGACCCGUUCUCGUAUUUCCUCAACAAGAAUCGCAACAACCUGAUGCCUAUGUCGGACGACCUGAUGAUGGGCGGGGACUCUGGUCGUGGCGCCGACGUCGGCAUCAAGGCUCGCCUGACAAAGGACUUCGAGGAUAUCGUCAACAAGUGCGUCAGUGACCUGAAGCGUAUCUUCCGGGAUGGCCUUGAGGAAAAGUGCAACACUGGUGCCAUCAAUGCUGCGGAUGCUGCCCUCCAGACGUCUGACGAUGUCGCUGCGACUUGCCACUGGCAGACCUAUCGCGCGACCCUGCGCCGUCAUGGCGAAUGGCGCCGUGAUCUCAACGUCGAGCUCUGCAACCCCUUCACUCGCCAGAUCGCGUCCUCCUGGGGCCAAGUCUUCGAGAAGGAUUUGUUCGCCGGCCUUGAUGAAGCGACGUCGGAGAAGAUUAUGAAGCUCGUCAAGGACGUUGAGAAUUCGGCGGCUCCUGGCCUAAAGGAGCGCGCGAAGAUGCAGGGCGACCAAUGCAUGGAGCAGGCCCAGAUCGCGUUGAGGAAUGCGAUGGAAGACGUGAAGGUCGCGCUGCAGAACGAGCAGAAGGAGGUCUCUCGUUGUCUGGGGCCGCACGUUCAAGAACAGCUCAUCCCUGGCUAUGACCUUGCCAUGGAUGAGCGCGGACCGGGUAGCGUUGCCCGUCAGAAGCGCGUCUUCCAUGAGUUCGUAAAAAUGAAGAAGGAGAAGAUGUUCCAUGGCGCAGCCACGCUGAUCAUGGACCGUCUAGAUGGUGCCGCGCAGGUUGUGGGCGAUGCGCUGGACAAGAAGUUGAAUGCAUUGGCCAAGCAGGUAUGGAUUCAUCAUAUCGCUAUCUUAUGUCAUCUCACGUUCGUGUUUAGGUUGAGACCAGCAUGGCAGCGCUUUGGGAGGAGGUUGACGAAAACGAGGAUCAGCAGCGUGCUCGUGCGGUGGUGA